AUGUCAGUAAUAAUCAAUAAUAAAUUAUAUUUAUUUAUUAGUUGUUUAACUUAUAUAUCAAUAUUAUAUGUAAAUGCUCAUCCAAUUCGAUUUGACAAUUCUAAAACAAAACAAAAAUCAUUUUAUUUUGAUUCAAAUCAAAAAUUAAAUAAUCAGAUUUAUAUUCAAGAAUAUUUUCAAAUAAAAUCUUCAACAACAAAUCAUCCUUUUAUUCAAACAACAACAAUAAAACCAUUUACUAUUAAUCAUUCAACAAGAAAUUAUCAUAGAACAACAAAAACAACUACAGAAUAUAAUCAUGCUUCUUCUUCUUCUUCUUCUUCUUCUUCUUCUUCUUCAAGUUCAACUAUAAAUCCAUAUGAUUAUGAUCAAUAUGAUCAAGAUAUUGAAAAUAAUGAAAAUGACGAUUCAAACGAAAAAUUUCAAUUAACUCAUUUAAAUUCUAUUAAACAAGAUGAAAGAAAAACUGAAUCUAUUAUUAUUAACAAUUCGUCUCAAAUAGAUAAAAUAAAUAAAGAUAAACAAUUAAAUACAUUAAAUUAUAAUCCGAACUGGGAAAAAACAAUAAUUAAACAAGUUCUUAUACUUGAUGUUUAA